AUGACACCAAAUCAAGUGAAUUCUUCAAAUGAGAAAUCUCUGGUGGAUACGGUAUACAGAAAUUUAAAAAUAUUCAAAAGACCAAAGUUCCAAAUAAAUGAUUAUGUACGAAUAAGUAAAUAUGAACAUCAAUUUGAGAAGGGCUACACACCCAAUUGGACUACGGAGAUCUUUAGAGUGAAAAUUAUAAAAAAUACAAAUCCAAAUACAUACUUGUUACAAGAGUAUCAGGGGCGUGAAGUUAUAGGUGGAUUUUAUAAAUAUGAACUAGUGAAAACUAAAUUUCCCCAAACGUAUUUAGUUGAAAAAGUUUUAAGGAGAAGAGGAAAUAUGGUCUAUGUUAAAUGGUUAGGAUUUUCAUCGGAACACAACUCUUGGAUUAAUAUGAACAAUAUAUCUUAA